AAAAACCGGAGAGUACAACGGCCUCAGUGUGAAAUAAUUUUGAGGAGAUUAAGAGGAAAAAUACUCAGCAGGGCUUAUCUAGUAGCAUUGCUUUGCAAAUUGACCAUGUUCCAAUGACGUACAUAUUUAACCAGACCGAAGGGCUACCCAUGGAGGAAGGUCCUUCCUCCAUGGGCUACCCAAACAGCAUGAAUACAUUACGUUAAGCGUUUUGAUGUGCCAUGACAUCUUCACGGCUUCCGUGGGUAGUUCGCUAAAAACAAAAUACUCAAUCGGUAGGACCCGAACGGUCCUCGGCCAAUGUACGAUUUUGAGAUUAAUGUUCACAGAGGUAAAAGCACGCCGUCCGCCUAAAAUCAAUCGAAACACUCAAGCAGACGUAUCUUAAACACCACGACCACCGCGUGAUGGUGCAUUUAAUUAAAGCUCUGACUGCCUUCAGCUGCCGUGCGACUCGACUACACGACGCGUACUCAUAUUACUCCGCGGCAGUAAAAGUAAGAUUGGAUGCUAUGCGAAAUGCACCUUAUGCGAGGUGGUUGCUGAUCAGACCUGCACAUACGGCAUUGCGCUGAACAGAUAAUGACGGCCAGUCCAUUUAGUGCACAAACGCAAACGUUCCGGUCGUGUAUUACGUUGUAUACCCUACUGGCGUCGAUUAGAGCUAACUUGCUAUCUGCGGUAGCUAGCAGUCUUCGCACCGUCUAGCUGGUAACAACACAACAGGACGUCAAGGCAUCUUGCGGGAAAAAAGAAAACAUGGCGACUAAUGUAGCGAACACCGAGCACGUAAGUGGUGGAGGUACGGACGAGCCAGAUCAGACAGCGACUGAUGCAGUCAAAGGUACUGAGCCUGAGAUGAGAGCCGUGGUCCUCCAGUCCUUUGGGGGCGUGAACCGACUGAAGGUGAUGAAGAAGUCCAUCCCUGUGCCGAAGGAUGGGGAGGUGCUGGUUCGAGUCAAGGCUUGUGGUCUUAACUUCCUAGAUCUGAUGAUGCGACAGGGUUCUGUGGAUGAUUGCCCUCGAACACCUUUCAUCCUGGGUACAGAGUGUUCAGGGUACAUUGAAGCCUUGGGAACAGGUGUGGAAAACUUCAAGGUUGGAGAUCGGGUUGUUGCUUUCCAACGCAGUGGUACUUUUGCUGAGGCCAUCGCAGUACCUGCUAAGUAUGUCUAUGAGAUGCCUAACAAGAUGACGUAUGAAGAGGGGGCUGCUUUGGGUGUGUGCUAUGCAGCAGCUUACAUGAUGUUGUAUGAGGUGGCUAACUUGACUAAGGGAAAGACAGUGUUGGUACACUCAGCUGGUGGUGGAGUGGGCAUUGCUGUAGCUCAGCUCUGCAAGAUGGUAGAUGAGAUCAAAAUCUUUGGAACAGCAUCCACAGGCAAACAUGAAGUCAUCAAAGACAAAUUUGACCAUCUCUUUGAUCGUUCAGCAUGUGACUAUGUAGAAGCAAUCAAAAAACUUGAGCCAAAGGGAAUUGAUAUUGUGCUAGACUGUCUGUGUGGUGAGGAUACAAACAAAGGCUACGAUCUGCUAAAACCUAUGGGAAAAUAUGUUCUGUAUGGAAUCGCCAAUGUGGUCACGGGCGAAACAAGGAGUUUUUUCAGCUACGCAAGAACAUGGUGGAAUGUGGAUAGCGUCAAGCCAGGAAAACUUUGGGACGAGAAUAAGUCGAUGUCUGGCUUCCAAUUUUACCAUUACCUCUUCAACCAAGGCGGUGAGGAAAGGGUGAACAUAGUUAUGAAUGAGAUUUUCAAGCUGCACACCGUCAAUAUACUCAACCCGGUCAUCGAUUCUACGUACGCCUUCGAGGAGGUUGGUGAGGCAAUGCUGAAGAUGCACGAUCGCAAGAAUAUUGGAAAAAUACUCAUCAUACCCGAACAAGAGCCAAAGCCAAAGCCUGUGACUGUAACUGAGACAGCUGCUUCAGAAGCUAGCAGCACAGACGACGUCAAGGAACCAGACACACCAAAGUAAACUUUGAGAAAAGACACCCGGCUCAAUUAUGACCAAACCUUGCGAUUCCUACGAUUUCAACCAAACGAAGCAAGGAAAAUCAUGAAACCUCGCUAGCAUAUCGAUAAUAUUGCUCUGUUCAAAGCAAAACCAUUAGUACGCCCAGCGCAUAAAGCAUUAUGUCAAAAAUCGGCAAAUGCAUGAUUUUGAGCAUAAAAACUGACUAAUAAAUGAAAUGUCUUGUUUGUAAUGUUUUUCGUCACAAUGGAAAAGAAACGUGAAAGGAUAAAAAAGGAGACAAUCAAGCAGUGGACAAAGCCGGCAAGUUAUUACUUUUUGAAAUCUGCCCUUGUCUUGGCAAAACACAGCGGCCAAUGCCAUGAUGUAAAAAUGAACCUGAGUUCGGAGUCGAGUCUGACUUUCACUAUCUUGUAAACAUUACAUGGACUUAGAUAUUGACAUACUGGGUGUGAUUAGAUCGGUAAGCAGAUUUAUUUAUUAUUGAACUAUCUUUUUGAGAUUUUGACGAGGAAUGAUGAGUUUUAAGCAUAAAUGGUUUAUCGUAAUGGUAUUAUAAUGGUUGCUUUCUGAUUUUGUUUAUUGAUGUGGUAAAUGUCUGUAAAUAAACCUAGGUUUCCAACUUUCCAGGUACAUGUACACCGUAGACUAAAUUUGGCUUUGGACAAAAUGCACCUGAGACAAUAAUUUCGAUUUGUAAAGAGUUCAACUUACAGAAAAUGAGACAGGUCUAGAUUCAGGCAGAAAAUAAUUCAAAAAGAAACCACUGACUCUUCAACUAAGUUCAUUAAACUUGACGGUUGAUGUACAGAUUACUGGUUAUGAACUAGAAAUAUAUCUCAGAAAGAUACAGUGUCCAUCCGUUUGCUGUAUUGGUGGCAGCUGUGGGAUACAAAAUCGUGAUACAAACACAGCUACUCUUAUAGACAGGAAACAUAAGCCUUCAAUAUGAAGGAUAUUUUUCUGAGGAAUAAUAUAUUAGGACACAGACGGUUCGGUUUCAAAAUUUGUCGGGUCCAGAGACAAUGAAAUUAGACGAAACUUUAUGACAAUUCCAUGAGCGGCCACCUUCCCUGAUAGUAAUUCCACUCGCAUAUGGCCUUGCAUUAGUGGAUAUGAACAAACGCAGGAAUUAAAGACGCACGAUACUGACGACAUGAUUUACUUUGGCCUUAUCACAAUGCCUUCCACAAACCUUGAUAUCUAUCAUAACUUCCAUGAAUUCAAUCACAGUAACCAUUUUAAAAUGUAGACCUAGGCCUACAGGUCACUGUAAUGUUGGUGCUUGCAUGAAUCCAUGCGUGAAUUGUACAUUAGAUGCGUAUACAAACCAGUGCACAUGACAGCAGAUUGUCCAACAUAUCUUGGGGUUCGAUACUUACACGGACAUCAAUCACAAGAUGCCGUCUUUUGUGGAUAGCCUUGCUCGGAGUUGCUUUUCGUAUAAAACGCCCAAAGGGUUCACUCGUCUCACAGACACUACGGGCUCUUCCGACAUACCAAAUGCGCGGUCAUGCGCAGUUGCUAUUUGUGUUUACUGACCCGUUUUAUAACGCAAUCCACCAACAUCACAAUCUACAAAAUUUUGGUUUUCAUAUACUGACUAUCAAAAUUAAAUGAGUAUAGGUCUUAUAUUGUAGUUUUAUCUGUAUAUUGAGAUGUAGAAAGAGAAAUCUAAAUACUAUAGUUUUAUAGUGGGAAAUGAUAUUAAAAAUAACGAGGACCCUUAUGCGAUGUAUUUAUUAAUUCAUGCAAUGCAAUAUGAAAGUUGAGAAGUCGUGGUGCAUAGAAUUACAGAGUUUCUUUAGAAUGUAUAUAUUCUAUUAAAUGGUAAUAGAAAAGUAGUCUUCUGUAGUUCAUAUGCCACUGUAACAGAUUCUGUGCACGUUUGUGUUGAAGUUUGCCAAUUAGAAACGUGGAAAAAGGCAAAAUAAUGUAAUAUUAAGCACUGAGUGUCCGCAAGUAAUGUGUUUUUAUGCAUGCAGAAUAAGAUAUCUGGUAUCAAAUUACAGAGAUGUAAACAAUGCUAACUCAAGGAGCGUUUGAAAGAAAUAUAUAAGGACAAAAUUCUUUGUAGGACAACUCGGCCUAAAUACAACCCUGAUACAACCUGAGAGGUUUUAUUGUCUGUAUACUUGUAUUCCACUCUCGUUGGAUGUGCUUGCGCAAUGUAGCUGUGUCCCACGUCGAUGUCCCCCGUUACAAGCUCCUAACUGGAUGCAUGUAGUCACAAAGAUCUGUGUUAACGGCCAGCGAAAAGUGCUCCGAAGCACGAAGCUCUUUGCGCAAUAUGUCGUGUGGUCUACAAGGUUCGUUCCCGCUCGUGGAUUCUACAAAGCAAAGUUGUAGGCUAACUUAACACUUAGCAGUUAUGACAUGAUAAGGUUACCGGCAUGUUGGGAAUUCACUUUCCAACCUUGUGAUUGUACGGGCUAAGAUCUUUACGCAGGAAACGAAGUUCAAGUAGACCUAACUGUAGUCGCUUUAACGGAAUAGAAUUUACACACAUCAAAGUCACAAUGCCCAUUGCGCUGCCACCACCAAUUCGAUUCGUUUAAAUUGGGGAAAAGGCAAAUAUUGGAAAGAUCUCUACAUUAAAAUAUGUAGUUUUUCAAGGGGGGCGGGUGUAAAAUUAAUCCCGAGUUGGAAGUACUACAGAUUUCCAUCUGCCAAAUGUGCGCACAGUUAAUGUCAUCUCAAAGAUCUGGAAAUGUGGAAUAUCAAACUCUGGGAGUCAUACACAAUACUAAGUAUUUCCGAAUUUAACUCGGUUAAAAUCAUUAACGGCGACUUUUCCCCGCAGAUUAUUAGAAUUGAUGAAUGGUUAAGCAAGCUAAUUUAAAACAGUAAAGAUAAUGACGCUGUACAAUGAAUGCACCCAACAUGUAUAAGGAAAGAAAGUAUGAACUAAAUUGUGCAAAAUAAACGCGUAAUAAAACAGAAAAUGAUGCAUUGA